AUGUCCUUCGAUUGGGAUCACCAGUUCUGCCUGGGCUGCGACAAGCAAACCGACGGCACCACCUACUGCUCUGAAGCCUGCCGUCUUGGGGACUACGAGAAGACUGCUUCCUCUUCAUCACCAAGCUCUGGGGCGAGCUCACCAACCCUGAACGAGUGGACCUUCAACAAGCCAACCUCCAGCAGCUCCAAGUUCUACCUCUCCCCCGCCUUCGACUUCAGCGCACCACAAACAUCCCGCUCCAACUCUGUCCUCUCCCCAUCUGCCUCGCAAACCAGUCUCUGCUCCAUGCGCAGCACAUCCUCUGCCGGGCUCGACGCCGCUCAACUGUCAGACAAGGCCGCCCGCGAACUCAGGGCCUACGCUCGUUCGUUCGAAUCUGUCCGCACUCAACGUAGACGAUCGUACUAG